CUCAGACCUCCCCCUUAUCAAGUACCGUCCGUGUUUUGCGACACGACGAAUCGAAAAUAAUUAUGAAACUGCGUAAUGAAUAAAUUUCCAGCGCUCAUAUCAAAAUCGAGAGGCUCUUUUGUAAAAGAAUGAAGUUUUCCACCACAGAAUUCAACGAAGGUCAAAGUAACUCGAGCGCCAAAAAAAGCUGUCGGUCAUGAGAAUCAAGAGCCAAUGAACUUAAUCUGGAAAGUAUUUUAUAAUCGAUUAAAAUUACGCCGACAGAAAAGUAUCUUAGAUUUUUUAUGUGACUAGAAAGUAUUACUACAAGAUAAGAAUAUAUUUUCCUACUGUGAUAUACUGCCUUACUUAUAAGCUAGAUUGUAUAGACUCGUUUAUUGCCAAGUAUCGAAAUCAUUACUGAAUUCGUAGUGGAGUGUUUUAUUUUUUCCUACUUAGUAUACCAAGUGUAGUCAAAGUGAAGUUCAGCAAGUAGAAUUUUAGUGAAGCCAAUUAACAUUACUAGGUAUUGUGCCGUGUUUCUCGACGAUUACCUCAUUUCAAGUCAAUAAGGGAAGUAUUCCAAGAGUAGAGGCUUCGUUAACUCUGUAAAUCAAACAGACACAUCAGUCAGAAGAGAGGUACAAGGAAAGGUGAGAGACAAUCUCAAUAGAAGAGAAAUCGGAGAAUCAAAGCAGGAGCGGAACCAGAGACUGGCCAGGCCAGACGCCAGAGCCGGCAUCGCGUAAAUCCCUUCUUUAAUUCCUUUUAGGUGGCGGAAGUCUCUGUGAGGAGUCCGCCCUCACACUUUCGAAGGAGUCGACCACUUGAUGGCACGAUGGGCGUUGCGCCACCCACCCCUGCCCAUUCGGUUGCUUCUCCUCCUGUUACUGCGGCUUCAGGUCCCCUGGAUAUGGCGGGGGCGGGUGGCUUGCUUUUGGCCACUGCUGGCGUCCGCUUUGGUGUUCCUGGCGUCAUGGCUGCCCACAGCUUCGGCCGUCGUGCCCAAGUACUACGAGGCAGAGAGUAUGACGUUGCUGAAGCUGCCCGUGGAAACUGAGCCUGGAGAACUCGUGUACAGAGUUCGAGCGUUGGAUGCUGAUAGGGAUUAUCCGCUGCUUUUUGGAGUUAGUGGUCAAGACAGUAGCCUGAUUGAUAUCGAAUCGGAUUACGAAUUCGGUUAUGUUUACCUACGGCAGCGUUUGAAUGAACGUAAGAACUACUCUCUUAUCCUGACCGUGACGGACAAGGUAGGAGAUCACACGGAAGUUCUCUCUCGUAUCGUACCCACUAAAGGGAGAACUCCUACUUCAGAUAUCUUCGUCAAGUAUUCGGCGUCGGCUGUUGUACCAGAGAACACCGCCGUUGGAACCUUGAUUACUUUUGUUGUGGCGAGGAAACAACCGCUUUCGUCGGUGGACUUUACUAUACUGGGUUCAUCAGCUCACCUCUUUAAGAUAACGUCAAGGUUAUACUCGACGGACACUUAUCGAGGAGACAUUCUACUUCAAGGAAAACUCGAUUACGAGGUGACUAAUCUUCACGCUCUUCAGGUCUGCGCCUUGAAACCCUACACGGACCUUGAGGUAGACACGAGGAACAUUGUCUGUGUGACUGUGUCUGUGUUGAUAGAAGACAGACAAGAUCAGCCUCCCAUAUUCACGAAGGCACCACCGGUGACUCGGAUCACAGGAGAAAAUAUUAAGGGAGACGAGUUAGUGAAAAUUGAAGCAGAAGACGGUGAUCGGGGAGAUCCUCGAGAGAUCAGGUAUUCGAUGCAAACCUCUUCGACACAGUAUGCUCGAUUCUUCGCCAUAGAAGAGACGACAGGAGCGAUUUUUCUAAGAGACACUGUCAAUGCGUUGGUGGAGUCCAUGCCAACACUAGAGCCCAUUCUAGCAACAGUUACUGGUGUAGAACUGGGCGGGAAAAAUACGCGCGCUCCAGCUGAAGAAUAUACCUCUUCAGUAGAGAUAGCAUUUGUUAUAACGGAUGCCGAGAUGAUGAAUCCAAAAUUCGUCUACAAACAGUACGUUGGUGAGGUUUUGGAGAACAGCCCUCCGGACACCAUCGUUGUUUUCCCUAAUCGGUUUCUGAAAGAGGGCGUAAGAGGGACAUUUUCCUUAAAAAUCGAAGGAUCAGACGGAAUCUUUACUGUCAACCCUAAUGUCGUCAGGGAUUCAGAGGAAUUCGCCAUCGUCGUUAAGAAUUCCCAACUUUUGGACUACGAAUCUAGAACCCGCGUGGAAUUCAAGCUGAUAGCCGAACAAGUGUCAGGAUCCGCGCAGUCCAAGAGCAGCACUGACGUACGUGUCAACAUUAUAGACGUCAACGACAACUAUCCAGUAUUCCUGCAAAAUUUCUACCGGGCAGAAAUAUACGAGAACAUCACAGCUGGAAUGCCCAUUGCCAGGAUUCAGGCCAGUGACCUGGACAAAGGCGACUUUGGAGCCAUUCGGUACACUCGAUUAGAAGGAAAACUGGUGGAGAGGUUAUCACUGGACCCUGUAAGCGGCUUGAUUACUUGCGCCACCAACACCCACGAGUUCGACAGAGAGCUAAUUCCAGAGCUGCAGUUAUCGGCGGUGGCCUGUGACGACAACGGAUUCGGUAACUGCGCUUUCACGAGCGUGUCAGUUAUCAUCCGUGAUAUCAACGACGAGGCACCAAUCUUUAAGGAGCAGGUGUAUAAAGGACAGAUGACACCAGACCAGACAGCGCUAAAGGCACCGCUGAGAAUUGAAGCUAUCGACAGAGAUGCUGAGGAACCAAACAACCAGGUUGUCUACACUCUGGAUCCUGGAAUUUACAGCAAAAACUUUAGAGUAGACCGGAAUUCUGGUGAAGUAUUCGUCACUGAACCUCUGUCAUCGAAUCCACUGAUUGGAGCUCUCAGCACAAGGAAGGAAAGAGCUUUCGGGGAUGAGCAAGGAUCAGUUAUCAACCUACAAGUAACAGCAACUGAUCAAGGUACUCCACAGCUCAGCAGAUCGGUUCCUGUCCAGAUCUACACACAGGAAUACGUGGAACGACUUGUGACCUUCAUUUAUCCUAAACCUAAAUUUGAAGUGGAGCAGGAGAAGCGUGAGAUCGAGGCAAUGCUGGACGCUCUGACGGGCGGCAACACCAAGAUCCUGAACGUGGAGCGCUUCAGUAGCCAAGAUGACACAAGGUCGAACGGCUUGACCAAGGAACUGAGUGCAGUAAAAGCUCGUGUUUGGUACGAGUUCAAGACGGUGGUGAAUGUUGAAGACAUCUCACAGCGCCUAAACACCAAGUUGCCCCUCAUUACGGACAAAGCUAACCCAGUGCAGAUCGAAGUGCUUCAGGGGCAAAGGAACUCUUACCUGGCUGGUGUUGUGGUGCUGUGCGUUUUCUUAGCACUUAUUAUCAUUGCUGUCAUAUUGUGCAUGAUGUGUCCUGGAUGCCCACUCUAUACUAACAGGAAAAAACGCAAGUUGGUUGGUGAUGAGAAUACAGAACAAGUUUCGUACAUAAGAGUUGAUGAGCAAGGCAACUAUCGACAAGGUUAUGAAGAGGAGAAGAUCUGGUGGGAUUAUCUGCCAGGCUGCUGCACAGAUCUCGCAACGUCAUGCGGAAUUCCACGACCAAAACGCAGUGUUGGUCGACUUGCAUGGAGUGGGGAUGAGAGACAAAGGUACUGGCAGUUUGGGGGAGGUGGUGAAGGAGCUCCCUUGGAAGACAGAGCUAUGAGACAUCGAGGGCCACGUGACAUGGUGCUUUUGGAAGAUUUGGAUGAAGCUACCAGGUUGCAGCAACAAGGUAGGAUGGUCCGCGUUGAUUCAAGAGCAUCCCAUCACUCAGGUGAUGGCCGCCGCAUGUUUAUGGUAAGAGAUCAGCUUGGUAAUCCAAGAAUGGCUGAGACUUUAAGAGAAGGUGAACAUUAUAUCAUGGAAGAUAUAGAUGAUACCCCAAGGACAUUAGAUCCUCGUGCUAUGGGUAUGAAUAUGAAUGAUCCCAGAGCAAUGCAGAUGGGGGAUCCUAGAAUGAUGGGAAUGAAUGACCCACGAGCCAUGGGCAUGAAUGACCCACGUGCAAUGGGAAUGGGAAUGAAUGACCCGCGAGCGAUGCGUAUGGAGGACCAACCUAGAGGAAUGCCAGGUCAGCAAAAUGCUGAUGACAAUGCCAUGUAUGCCCGCCAGGGAAACGUGGAGGUCCUCCGACUACGCGCCAGCCCGCACGGCGCCGUGCUCCGCGAUGACGGGGCGACGGGCCGUCAGAUUCGCCAAAUGAGGCGGGCUGGCGGGGAGUCGGAGGAGACAGUCUUAUUUCCGGAGGAAAUGCAGCACCACAGGCGAACACUGCUGCACGAGGACGCGGGGGGUGGGGGAAUCAGCUCAAGACACGUGGAGGGACAGUCGGUGGGCGUAACGCCACGCGUGGGCUUGGACGGAAUGCUGGAGGAUGGUCGAGGGUACGUACCAACAUCCAUGAGAUAUCUACCAACCGAGAACCCUCACCAGUACGACGUACAAAUCCAAACAGACAACGGAAUAAGGUCAGAAGCAGGCUACGAACACGCGGUUCCACGACUACGAAUAAGAACACCAAUAGAGGAGGAAACAACAAGCCUGUUAGAGGCAGAAGGGCAGUCAACAAGAAGAGAGAAAAUGAGGAGGAGGAGGAACAGCACUCAGACGAUAGUGGAGCCUCAGGUACACGACGACAAUACAAGCCGACGUUCAGUGAGGAUUACGCAACCGCCCAAUACCCUGUACCAGCAUACCAAGAGCUCGAUUCUACGUUUCGAAACCAACAAGGCCAAAAUGGACGAAGAUUCGAAGAAAGAAUCAACUUCCCGCCGCAACAGCAUCAGUGGGACAGAUGGUCGGCGCAGCUCCAGCGUGGACAGCCGCAACGUGGACGGGAGACGUUCGGUCAACCAGGCCAAUCUAGAUGGCCGGCGGUCCAGCAGUCAAACAGCCUUGGAAGUACCGCGUGGGGCGAACUCAGAGAGACGGGGCUCACUGCCUGGAAUGGAAGCAACAGGCUUGGAGCGCGAGGCGGCGAAACGGUUGGUCAACCGGCGAGGAUCUCUUGGCCAGCAAGACCGACAAGACGCGUCUCUCCAAGUGACAGAUGGUAGAGAAGAUGAUGAAGAUUCUUCCAAUGAACAGGAUAACAACAGCGAAAGAAGAAAGAAAAAGCAAACGAAUCCUCGAUAUAUGGAAUGGAAUGAGAAAAACAAAGGGAAAGGCCAAGAACCUCAAGAUGGGAAGAAAUCUAAGAAAGAGCCAGGUAAGGAAGUUCGUGAAUCUGGAGAAGGCUCAGAGGGUGUACAGGAAAAUUCCCAGGAGCAACCUAGAGUUCCUAGGGUUGAUGGUACAUCCUCCAAUCUUCCUGACGACUUGAAAGCACAGGAAGGGGACGAAGAGUUGCGGAACAUCAUGGAAAAUGAGGCCAAUUUAGGAAUGAACCAAGAUUCACUUUUAUUUGAAAACGAUGCUGAAAUGGAAGCAGCGAUAAAGGCAGGGAGAAGAAGAAAAAGAAAUCAUUUAUUAGAAAAGAAAAGUAUAUUUACCAUCGCUUAUGAUGAUAUGCAGACUGAACAGCUUAGACCAGAGUCAGCUGCUGCCGAACCAUAGAAUUUGUAAAUUUUCUAGUCUUGUAAUUGAUAAGUGGUAAUCGUUCUUUUUUAAUUCAAUCAUCAUUGUUCCAGAAACCUAUACACUAUGACUAAACGAUUAUUUAAGAAAAAUCAGCAGACCGCCAUGAAGAAGAAAAAGUUAAUGUAACUUCCUUUUCUUCAUGUUGGGCUGAUAAAAAGUUGUAAGUCGUACAGUAUAUUAUUGGAGGCAAUAUUUCGUUUGGUGAUAAUAAAAUUGUGAUCUAAGCUAAAAAUGGUCGAUUAUUUAUAAUGUGUAAAUUUAACACAGUUACCCUUUUUGUUUCCUCUUUUCUCAUGAAACUUUCACAGCCCAAGAUGGUGACUUAGCACUGUUUGGGAUAGAUAGUUCAUUAACUGAUAUAUAACAUCACUGCAUUCUAUACAUAAUGUAGCUUUAUCCUUAAUGAUGAAAUAAUCAAUACAUUUUGGAUAAUGGUGUAUUAUAAAUAAUUACUAGAAUUUGAGUAAUCAUACCAAUAGCCGUAUUACCAUUCCAGUUCAGAAUUAAACAACAUCCUUACAUAUUACAACAUUUUGGUCGCCCAUUAUUUUUGUUACUUUACAUCAUCCAUUGAACUACAAUUUCAACUGUAGAACUGAUUGGCUAUAAUAUUAGGAAGAUGAUCUCCAGGAGAGACAAGAUUCAAUCAUUUAAUUAUUCAAAAGGAAAGGUUUCCUUUAUGGAAUAUAUUUGCAUUAUGGUAACAUAUUUACAUUCCAUUUUCAUAUAAAAGAUUACACUUACAUAAUUAAGCGUUUUUCCCUCAAGGGAGAGGCACUUCUUCUAGCAUAUGUUAGCUAUUAAGGGAAAUACUAUUUUGAUAUUGGUGAAAAAAGAUUUUUGUAGUCAUUGCAUGCAUUUCGCUCAACGUCCGUCCAUUAUGUAGUGUUGCAUACAUUUCAACUAAGUAAUUUAAAUUUAAACUUACAGCAAGUUCGUUUAAAUAUCAUUACCUUUGUAAGCUAUGCGCUACAUAGUUUAUUUCAUUUGACUUAUGUUAUCUUUUCAAUUGGUAUAUUUCAAUAAUUAUGAUUUCGAAACCUGUUAUAAUUCUUGUUCUGUUUUUUAACUGUAUUUAAUUUGGCAACCUUUGGAUUCCAUGAUUUAUGAAAUGUCUGAAUUUUCAAUAUUUCAUUGGAACAGGGUAAAAUUUCAAAUUUCGCUGUCUCAGUUUUAUUUAUAUUCUGUAAUGACUUUCUGUAACCUUUUGUAGGUUUUAUGUAUUAUACCUUUUAGAAAAGCUUCGAACAUUUUGGUUAAUUUCGUUUAAAUAUUAUUGCAUUAUGCUCUAUGACUACCAAAAUAUUUCAGUAUUUUCAGGUACAAAUUGUUAAUGAUCCGUAGGUAAUACUUUAGCAAGUAAGGUACUAGUGAUGUUUGUUUAUCGGAACAGAGAAAUAGAGGACAGUUUUCUUUCUUGUGUACCGUAGAGAAUGAGGUACUUUUGAAUUGCGAAGCCAAAGUGUUUUUUUGGCAAUAUAGGUAUUAAAUACCUUCCUUCAUUGAAUGUAAUUUUUUUUUCAUUCUAAGAGCGUCAAGUUCGUUUGAAUUUACAAUUAAAAAAUGAUGACAAACUGCAACGUCUGAUGUGCAACUUUCCCUAAAAGCUGUAAGUUGCAUUUUACGAGAAUUACCGAAUAAUAAUAUAAUUGAAGGAUAUAAUAUUGUCAAUAUUUGAUAACUGUAUUUAAUACGAACAGCAUCCGAUAACCUCGAGAUAUUAACAUUUAAAAAGGAUUCCAUUUUUUCCAUUACCACUCGCUAAUUAAAUACGAUUUUAUAGCACUUAUGAACUAAAAUGCUUAUCGAUACUGGUCUCUAUUUCGAGCUGUUUUCACGAACAGACAUUUUGUCCUUAAUAGGCUAGAAUCCAGUAAAGAGAACACUGUGAUCAACUACCGAUUUUGUGUUUCAUAAUAUAACGUAACAUAAC